AUGCCCCUCCCUCCAGAGCCUAUCACCCUCCACGGCGGCUGCAACUGCGGCCAAAUCCGCUACCGCAUCGCCAUCCCCGCCCUCUCCUCCCGCCCCCUCCAUCCAAACUACCACUCCUCCUCUAGCCUCGAACCCGUCCACCAACCCUUCAUCUUCACAGACCACUGCAAUGACUGCCGGCGUGCCAGCGGCAGCAUCUUGCCUGCUUGGAUCAGCGCGCCGCUAGAUAUGGUAUCCGGCAGCAUUGCCUCCUCAGACUGGAAGCCCGCGCGAGAAGUCUUCACUACAAAGAGCUUUGAUCAACCCCCCAAAGAGCCAGGGUCAGAUGAUAAGGAGGGGGAGGGGCAGGGUAUAAGAGGUGGCGAUGGUAGACUGGGCUUCUAUCAAUCAACCCCUGGACGGUGGCGGACUUUCUGCGCAAUGUGUGGAACGCCGCUCACGUAUUGGGAAGAGGGGACACCGAGUAUGGAUGGCGUGUUGGAUUUGCAGCUGGGUACGGUGGACAGGCGGGAUUUGGAUAGUGAGGCGCUUAGGCCGGAGAGGCAUUUAUGGUGGGAGCUGGGGGUCGGGUGGGUGAAGGGGUAUGUGGAUCAUGGGGAUGGGAUGGGAGAGGGAAAGAGCGUGGAGAGGCAUCAGGGGGAUAGUAUGGAUGUGAGGUUGGGGAGGGGUCCAAACUUUACACCGCGUGUCCAGGUAGAGAUCAAUAUGCCCGAACCAAAGAAUGCUAGAAUCAACAGAACGGUUUCAUCGGGAGACAGACCAAAUCAUGAGCCACACAAAGACCGAGGUACUUCUUCGGGAGCAAGACGCGUAUCUUCGACUUCGAGACGAGAAUCUACGCGAGAAUCUACUCCAAGACUAGUGUCAAUUUCGAAACGAGAGCCUUCUGGUGGCGAAUCCGGAUCAACGAAAAAGGAUCGAGCGAGUGAAAUCCCCAGAUGUUCCAGACCCCCUCAACAACACUCGCCAUCUCAACAGGCACGCCAUCGAAACGGUCAUAAACAUGAAGAACCACAUGUGAAGAAGCAUGUCCGACUCAAUAGUAUCCCUACAAACUUUGAAGACUCCCAACAGCGACAGGCCAUCGCUGGUGUUGAUCGAGUCCAAGAACCGCCGCACUUGCACGAGGAUCCCGAAUUAACAAAUGCCCCAAGAUUCGUAUCCUGCCCAAUGUUGAAUCAAUUAGACUCACAACAGCCGCAAAUACCUCCUCAACAAGCUCCUAACAAAAGUCAACCUGACCAGGAGCCCUCUGACUCACAGAAGGAGUCUAAGCCCGACGGAAUCGUUGACCCUACUCUACCUCCUCUCAACCCCUUUCCCCACAACGACAACCCAUGCCCCACCAACUCCUUCGACCACGCCAUCGCCUCUUCAACAGACGCUCUUAUACAAGACACCUUCCUCUACUUCAAAGAGACAAAGCAGCUGGACCGUGAAAAAGCACUUUUCUACCAAGACUAUCUUGCUUUGAGAGAGCGGAAACAGCACCUGCAAAAGGAGCAGGGGAGGCUAGAUGGGAUGAGAGAUAGAAUCAGGGCGGCGGCGUUGAGGGUGGUGCAGGAUGUGGAGUGGAAGGAGGUGAUGGAAGGGAUGGAGGGAAUGCCGGGGAUGUGGGAGGAGGGGUGGUAG